AAAACUUUAAGCCAAGAACAAGAAGCACUGUGUCUGUCCGCCAGGGUCAGGGGAUGGUCCUGCUCUGCGGCCCACCAGCCCAUUCUGGAGAGCUCAGCUAUGCCUGGAUUUUCAAUGAAUACCCCUCCUAUCAGGAUAAUCGCCGCUUCGUUUCUCAAGAGACUGGGAAUCUAUAUAUUGCCAAAGUAGAAAAAUCAGAUGUUGGAAAUUAUACUUGUGUGGUUACAAAUACAGUGACAAACCAAAAAGUCCUGGGACCACCCACACCACUGAUAUUGAGAAACGAUGGGGUGAUGGGCGAAUAUGAACCAAAAAUAGAAGUGCAGUUUCCAGAAAUGGUCCCGACCGCAAAGGGAACAACGGUGAAGCUGGAAUGCUUUGCAUUAGGAAAUCCAGUACCAACUAUUAUCUGGAGAAGAGUUGAUGGAAAGCCGAUAGCAACCAAAGCCAGAAAACACAAGUCAAAUGGGAUUCUUGAAAUCCCCAAUUUUCAGCAGGAGGAUGCUGGCUUGUAUGAAUGCGUGGCUGAGAAUUCAAGAGGGAAAAACGUAGCAAAAGGACAGUUGACUUUCUAUGCUCAACCGAGUUGGAGUCAAAAAAUAAAUGACAUCCAUGUGGCCAUUGAAGAAAACGUCUUCUGGGAAUGUAAAGCCAAUGGAAGGCCCAAGCCUACAUACAGGUGGCUGAAAAAUGGCGAACCACUGUUAACUCGGGAUAGAAUUCAUAUCGAGCAAGGAACACUCAACAUAACAAUAGUGAACCUCUCAGAUGCUGGCAUGUAUCAGUGUGUGGCAGAGAAUAAACACGGAGUUAUCUUUUCCAGCGCAGAGCUUAGUGUGAUAGCCUGCUCCAGUGAUCAGAUAAAGCCUUGGUGCACAGAGACACAGGUUGUAGAGGUGAGAGAUGGUCAGUGUGCUUGGGAGGUGUCCACCAACCUGCUGGUGACACCCUGCAGGAUGGCUGAAGUUGGGGCAAAUCUCACCCUGGUCUCUGAGUUCCUACUCCUGGGCCUCUCGGAAGACCCCAAGCAACAGCAGCUGCUGUUCAUACUCUUCCUGAGCAUGUAUCUGGUCACGCAACUGGGGAACCUGUCCAUUAUCCUGGCCAUCGCCACUGACAUCCGGCUCCACACGCCCAUGUACUUCUUCCUGGCCAACCUGGCCUUCGUGGACAUUUGCUUCACCUCCACCACCAUCCCCAAGAUGCUGGCCAACCACGUGUCAGGACACAAAGGGAUUCCUUAUGCUGGCUGCCUGGCCCAGAUGUUCUUCUUCAUCUGGUUCGCCGGCAUCGACAGCUUCCUGCUGACCGCCAUGGCCUAUGACCGCUAUGCGGCCAUCUGUCACCCUCUACACUAUGCCAUGUCUGUGACACCACAGCUCUGUAGCCUCCUGGUGGCAGCGUCCUGGACUGCAGCCUUCGGGAAUGCCCUGACCCACACAGUACUACUGACCCGUCUCUCAUUCUGCACCCACAACCGGAUCCCCCAUUUCUUCUGUGACCUGAGUCCUCUGCUGAAGCUCGCCUGCUCUGACACCUUUCUCAACAAUGCAAUGGUAUACACUGUGGGCGCCCUGCCUACCAUCACCCCCUUUGUGGGCAUCUUGGUCUCCUACACACGCAUCUUUGCUGCCGUUUUAAGGAUCCCAUCCACGAGAGGCAAGCGGAAGGCUUUCUCUACCUGUGGCUCUCAUCUCUCUGUGGUGUCCCUGUUCUACGGCACCAUCAUUGGGGUUUAUUUCAGCCCCAUGUCUUCCCAUACAGCCCAGAAGGACACAGUCGCUGCAGUGAUGUACACUGUGGUCACUCCCAUGCUGAACCCCUUCAUCUACAGCCUACGCAACAGCGACAUAAAGGGCGCCUUGGGGGCCCUCAUCAGCAGGAGGCCAGCUUUUAUUCAGUGA